AUGCGACUCUUGCCAUUUCUGGCCCUCAUAGUGUCAACGCAACCGGCAGUUGCAUUGCCAUUCACCAUUCGUAAUACAGCCAAGACCACAUCUGAGAGCAAUGAGAAGUCACUCGUGCGUGCUUCUGUAGUGGUAACAUGUAUCUUGUAUGCUUUUCUGCUCGCAUUCGUCCAAGGUUAUCGAGCAGGCCGCAUGGCUGGUCAAAGGUCCAAAACCAGAGUAUCAGACGUUCUAGUAUUCCUGCAAGGUUUCUUUUGCUCAGUCCUCAUAGUUGCUACUGCUUUGCUAGUGGUCACAGGAUCCGGCUUGCACGGGCAAACUGAAUGCCAAACUGCUCUUAUAACCUGCGUCGUUGGGUUUGGAGGGACGAAGGUUGCUCUGUAUCUUUUUCUACUCGAGCGUAUUCGCAUCGUUCGGGCUCCAUUCAUCAACCGUUGGCGUGAUCCACUAUACGUUGGAGGAGGGAUUUCGUUCGUGAGCGGUUUUAUUGCAAUAACGGGUGCACAAUUUGCCACCCGAAUAGUUGUAUUCCCAGGUGGCAAUGGUGAAUGUAGCAUCGGAUUUCGUCCACCGACUUCCUAUCUCAUCGUGGCAGUUGAUGUCACUGCUAACCUCGCUCUGACGGGGAUCUUUAUAUGGCAACUUCGCCCAGCUGUGGCUUUGCAAAUACCCCGAAUGCCAAGCACGGCCAAUAACGCUGGAGGGACAAACGAUUCCAACGCCGAAGGAAUCAGGCUAUGGAUCAGAAGCGUACAUAAGACCGUGUGGGGAUCCCAUUCGAGCAAAUUGCAAGUCAUGUUGGUACGGAACGUCGUCGGCGCGUUGAUUAUGCUCAUUAGCUCCAUUACCUUCAACAUCCUCAUCGCCAGCCAAGAUUUUGCAAGACGGGGUCAUGUUUGCAUGUUGUUGUGUUUGACUGAUGUGACCGUCUGUAUGCUCGUGACGCAGUAUUUGACGACGCGCUCGGUCGAACAGGAGCCCGCAUCGCAUACACCUCCUCGCCCUACACUGGAUGUAUGGAGUAGCCCGGAGUCUUCCUCGAACAGUGCAAUCUCCAGUGUCCCUUAUCUAGACCCUAACAACAAGCACAUCAAAGGCCAUGUGUUUACAACUGGGUAG